AUGUCAUUCUGCAAAUUCCUUUCUAAACCCUUCUCACGGUCCAAGACCAAGACCAGUCAAGCACAACAUCACCAAAACUACGCCCCUAACACCACAGUCAACCCCCCAAAAAGCAACCCCAUCUCCGCCACCACCAAAGUAACCAGCAGCACCCCCCGAAAUGCCCCCAACCCAUGGUCCCCCCCAGCCUACACCGCAACAACCACAUCCUCCCCCCCACGCCCCUCAACAAAAGCAGACCACUCGCCCUACGCCUUCCUCUCCGAAUUCGACACCGUCUUCAUCGUCGACGACAGCAGCAGCAUGACGGGCUCCCGCUGGAAAGAGGCCGAAUCAGCCAUCGCGACCAUCGCCCCAAUCUGCACCCACCACGACCAAGACGGCAUCGACAUCUACUUCCUCAACCACCGGCGCUCCAACCUCAACAACCCCACCGGCGGCUACAAGAACAUCACGACCGCCGACGACGUGCGCGAGAUCUUCCACAGCGUGCACCCGCAAGGCCUCACGCCCUUCGGAUCACGCCUGCACGACCUCCUCCGCCCUUACCUGCGCCGCGUCGAGUCCGACACGCAGCGCGUCAAGCCGCUGAAUAUCAUCGCCAUCACGGACGGGGAAUUCACUGACGAUGCGGAGAGCGUGCUUAUCGACGCGGCGAGGCGGCUGGAUGCUUGUGCGGCUGUGCCGUGGCAGGUGGGCGUGCAGUUCUUCCAGGUGGGGAAUGAUAAAGCGGCGAGGCUGCAUCUGCAGACGCUGGAUGAUGAUCUUGGGCGGCUGUCGAAGCAGGAGCGGCUGAGGGAUAUUGUGGAUACGGUGCCUUGGCGGGGGGGUGGUCGGUCUGGGGGGACGCUCAGUGCGGAGGGGAUACUGAAGUGUGUGUUGGGAGCGGUUAAUCGGAAGUAUGAUCAGCGGGAGGUUUGGUAG